CAAAUCAGCUCCCGAGGGGUCGACACAAUAAUUCAAGGUCCAGCAACUAUAACAUAGGAUACCAGACCCAAAAUCUAUGAUCAAGGGCAUGUAUUGGUUUGUCUUUCUUCUUUGCAGUUCUACUCAGUUCUCUGCUAUGAGAAACCCUACUCUUUCCACCAUCCUUACCCUUCUCUUUCUCGUCUUCCUGCUCCUCCUUACUUUCGCAUCUCCAUCACCUAGGAGCUCUCUGACAAGACAUUCUUAUCUUUCUGUGGAGGAUGACUCAGACAUCCUCAUCUCACCAAAGAAUUCAUUCACAUGCGGCUUCCACGAAGUUGGUUCGAAUGCCUUCACCUUCUCUAUCUGGUUCUCCAACUUGAACUCCAAGACUAUCGUCUGGACAGUGAACCGUGACAAUCCUGUGAAUGGUCAUGGGUCGAGAGUUACGAUGCGCAAGGAUGGGAAUGUGGUUCUAACCGACUAUGAUGGCACGCUCAUUUGGACCACCAGCACCAACUCAACUCAAGCUCACACGCAGCUUCUCGAUACUGGGAAUCUUGUUGUGAAGGAUCCAGAUGGUACAAUUCUAUGGCAAAGCUUUGAUUAUCCUACUGAUACUCUUCUCCCUAACCAGGUAUUCAAUAGAAAUUCUAAACUGGUAUCUGCUGCUGCUAACGGAUCACUAUCUUCAGGCCCCUAUAUAUCUUAUUUUGACAGCAAUAAUGUUUUGAUACUCAUGUAUGAUACGCCGGAAUUUGCUAGCGUCUACUGGCCUGAUCCUGAAAAUAAAGCGUGGGAGAAUGGCAGAGCAACCUAUAAUGGCAGUAAAUAUGCAGUCCUUGAUGACAUGGGGCAGUUUGUGUCGAGCGAUAACUGGACAUUCAAAGCUUCUGACUUGGGUCCAGGGAUUAGAAGGAGAAUGACUCUGGAUUAUGAUGGUAAUCUUAGGCUGUACAGCUUGGAUGAGUCGACGAAGACGUGGUCGAUUUCGUGGGUUGCUCUUUCAUCGGUCUGUCUGGCACAUUCGCUGUGUGGUAGGAAUGGAAUCUGUGUCUACUCGCCGACACCCCAAUGUACUUGUCCUCCUGGUUUUGAAGUGAAUGACCCGAGCGAUUGGAGCAAAGGUUGCAAGCGCAAAUACAACAUCGCCUGCCACCAAUCUCAUCAAGUUCAAUUUUUCGCACUUCCCGACACAGAUUUUUGGGGGUAUGACUUCAAUUACAAUUCUUCCCUGUCAUUCAGGGCAUGCAGGAAGAUUUGCAAAAUGGACUGUUCAUGCGAAGCGUUUGGGUAUAAGAAGGGAACCGGAGAUUGUUUUCCAAAAAUUGAGCUCCACAAUGGAAAAAGUUAUCCAGGCGCCGGUAACAACAUAUUCUUAAAAAUACCGAGAUCUGUAAACGCCUCAAAAAUCUCUCCUCGUCUUCAAGGGCAUGAUCCUGUUUGCAACAACCCAGAAGUGAGCAUCGGGAAGGAUAUAAGGGGAAGGAGCACCGAGAAAAAAAAAUGGGCCAAUUUCUAUGGGUUCAUAUCAGCUUUUUUCGUAAUAGAAGUCCUUUUUGUUACAUUUGGUUGGUUGUUUAUUUUCAGGAGGGAGAAGCUGUCAGCCCCCAUGGAGGAAGGAUAUAGGGCGAUGUCUACUCAAUUUCGAAGAUUCACUUACAAAGAGCUGAAAAGGGCUACUCGAAACUUCAAGGAAGAGCUCGGGAGGGGAGGCUCGGGAGCCGUGUACAAGGGAGUCUUGGAUGAUGAGAGGGUGGCGGCAGUCAAGAAGUUGGAAGAUGUGAUCCAAGGAGAGGAGGAAUUUCAUUCCGAACUGAGCUUCAUAGGGAGAAUAUACCACAUGAAUUUAGUGAGAAUGUGGGGAUUUUGUUCAGAACACUCACACAGGCUCUUAGUUUCUGAGUUCGUGGAGAACGGUUCGCUGGACAAGGUUUUAUUUCACGGUGACGGCUUUCUGAGAUGGAGUGAGAGGUUUAAAAUUGCGGUAGGGGUGGCAAAAGGAUUGGCCUAUCUUCAUCACGAGUGCCUUGAGUGGGUCAUCCACUGUGAUGUAAAGCCUGAGAAUAUAUUGUUAGGUCAGAAUUUUGAGCCCAAGAUUGCAGAUUUCGGACUGGCCAAACUGUUAAAUAGAGGUGGAUCUGGACAAAACUUAUCACGUAUCCAAGGGACGAGGGGUUACAUUGCUCCAGAAUGGGCUUCGAGUCUUCCAAUCACUGGGAAGGUUGAUGUCUAUAGCUAUGGAGUAGUUCUUCUAGAGUUAGUGAAGGGGGUUAGAGUUUCAGACUGGAUAAUUGGUAGGGGGGAGGAGGUAGAGAUGGUACUGAGGAGGUCGCUUGAGUUGCUCAAAGUGAACUUGGAGAGCGGACAAGAGUCAUGGAUUUGCGACUUUGUUGACUCCAGAUUGGAUGGACAGUUCAACAGCAAGGAAGCAUUGAUGAUGGUGGAGAUAGCAGUCUGCUGCCUCGAAGAUGAGAGAAGCAAAAGGCCAUCCAUGGAAUCUGUAGUCCAUAUGCUCCUUUUAUCUGAUGACGAGCUAAACUCCCAUGCAGCAUCUUUCCAGUAAGUUGGGCAUGAAAUCGUUAAUAUGUAGUCAUAAUAUCAAGUAAUGUAUCUUAGUCUUAGUCGAAAGCAAUCCUUGUAGGAAGCUGCUAAGACAAAUUACGAGCUUGUAUCCAGCGUUUGUUCUCCUACUUGUAAACUCGUCUGAGUAUUAAUGUGUAGUCUAGACUUUCUGUAAGUUAACAAGGAAUAAAUGAAGCUAGUAGCAGUAAUUAUCUUCUAAGUAUUUA